UCUGUGUGCUGGCACUGACUAGCCAGGUUAGACCCGUGCGUUCACAAAGACAGCAGGGAGGAGACAUUGCGGCCGGCACAGGAUGGCGCUCGCAGUUGCUUUGACGUGCGCAGUGCUGGCUGAGGUGGUCUUGGCGCAGGACCCAACCUGCGGUCACUGUCGCUGCCACGUGGUGCACGAAGACCUGCUGACGGGGACCCCAGGCGCAGGCGCCUACCUUCACGUCAACUGCUCCGACGACAAGUACUUCCCAGGCCAGCUGCGCCCGCCCAAACUCACCGCCGACGACGCUAACCUGCCCGUGUCCGCGGAAUUCAUGAGGAACAGCUACACCUACGUCGGCGACGACUUCCUACUGAAGGGGGCCAUUCGCUUGUCUCUGGCGGACAACGAUAUCAGUAAUGUGUCCAGACGGUCUUUCUCCAGCCUCACGAGUCUACAGUAUCUCUCCUUGGCGCAGAAUCGACUGGACAACAUCGAUGCAGAGGUUUUUCACGGUCUCGGCCAUCUAGAAGAGUUGGACCUGUCACAGAACUUCUUGAGCUAUAUUCCUGACGGCUUGUUUUCUGAACUUGUAUCUCUCACAACGCUGCGCAUUGCAUCCAACCGGCUGGACAGCAUUGGACCGAAAUUCUUCCAAGGGCUUUCCAAGCUUCAGACGGUAGACUUGUCCUUCAACCAUAUCAACGAAUUAAUUCCCGAAGCUUUUUCAUCACUGUCGCUCUUGACAAAUUUAAUAUUAUCGGGUAACAUUAUCACCGAUGCUAGAGCAGAUCAUUUCGCCGAAUUAAAAAACCUUGAAUAUUUGGACUUGUCAAAAAACUUGAUGUUGAAUUUGGAGCCAGAAACUCUCAAGAAUCAAGAAUCGUUGAAAAAACUUAUCCUGUCUGGAAAUCGCCUCACGUCCAAGUUCACCUUACCAGGGACGAUCAUGUACCUCGACUUGUCCGACAACCCUAUAGAAGAUAUCCAAGAUAUGUGGAAACACCUAGACCUCAUGGAAGUACUGCUCGUGGCGAAUACAUCUAUAGACAAAUUGGAUGGUGACUUCGGUUUCAAAAAUUUACAGGUGUUGAACAUGUCGGAGAACCGGCUGGAGAGCUUCCCGGUGGACACGCUGCCGGCCCUGCAGACACUCGACUUGUCGUGGAACAACCUGACCUCGGUGCCCGAUGGCGUGGCACCCGCGCGCAUGCCGGCGCUGUGCGAGCUCCACCUGGACGGCAACCCCGUGCGGGAGCUGGUCUUCCCGGCGUCAGACCGCGCCUUCGAGCACCUGCGCCUGCUCAGCCUCAACGGCGACCCGCAGCUGCAGGCAGUCGGCCCCGGCGUGCUCGCCCGGGCAGCCCCCGGGCUCACCGCGCUGCGGCUGUCGCGCAACCCCUUGCUGGCCUCGCUGCACGAGCAGGCGCUCGCAGGUCUCGACCUGCAGGAGCUGGACCUGAGCUGGGACGCGCUGAGCAGUCUGCCCGAGAGCCUGGUGCAGUGGGAGCGACUCAGGUCGUUAAGGGCGCUUGUGCCGUGCUCGCAGCUGGACCUGAGCUGGGACGCGCUGAGCAGUCUGCCCGAGAGCCUGGUGCAGUGGGAGCGACUCAGGUCCGUGAAUCUGCAGCACAACCCGUGGGCCUGCGACUGCUCCUUGCAGUGGAUGCUGGAUGUUGUCGUGUCGCGGCUCUACACCACGGAUCAGAACCUGCUUUACGAGCUGAGGUGCGCCUCGCCGGCGCAGCUGCGGGACCGCCGCAUGGUGCAUUUCUACAACUGGACGCAGAAGGUGUUCUGCACGCAGUUCGAGCAGCUGCGCAUGAGGCCCCUGGACGCGGGGGAAGACGUCGAGGCGGCGGGCCUCGGCUCGUCCGUCACCGCCGUCAUCGUUGCGCUGUCCUUGCUGGCCGCGCUCGUCGCCUUGGUCGUGGUCGGCGUGAUCCUGCAGAGACGCAUCUCCUCCAGGAGGCGGCUGCGGAACCGCCGGUUCUAGCGCCUGACGGCCCGCUUCCUGUCGACGGCGAGCCUGUCACCAUGGUCGUGGUCGGCGUGAUCCUGCAGAGACGCAUCUCCUCCAGGAGGCGGCUGCGGAACCGCCGGUUCUAGCGCCUGAUGGCCCGCUUCCUGUCGACGGCGAGCCUGUCACCAUGGUCGCGGUCGGCGUGAUCCUGCAGAGACGCAUCUCCUCCAGGAGGCGGCUGCGGAACCGCCGGUUCUAGCGCCUGACGGCCCGCUUCCUGUCGACGGCGAGCCUGUCACCAUGGUCGCUGUCGGCGUGAUCCUGCAGAGACGCAUCUCCUCCAGGAGGCGGCUGCGGAACCGCCGGUUCUAGCGCCUGACGGCCCGCUUCCUGUCGACGGCGAGCCUGUCACCAUGGUCGUGGUCGGCGUGAUCCUGCAGAGACGCAUCUCCUCCAGGAGGCGGCUGCGGAACCGCCGGUUCUAGCGCCUGAUGGCCCGCUUCCUGUCGACGGCGAGCCUGUCACCAUGGUCGCGGUCGGCGUGAUCCUGCAGAGACGCAUCUCCUCCAGGAGGCGGCUGCGGAACCGCCGGUUCUAGCGCCUGACGGCCCGCUUCCUGUCGACGGCGAGCCUGUCACCAUGGUCGCGGUCGGCGUGAUCCUGCAGAGACGCAUCUCCUCCAGGAGGCGGCUGCGGAACCGCCGGUUCUAGCGCCUGACGGCCCGCUUCCUGUCGACGGCGAGCCUGUCACCAUGGUCGUGGUCGGCGUGAUCCUGCAGAGACGCAUCUCCUCCAGGAGGCGGCUGCGGAACCGCCGGUUCUAGCGCCUGAUGGCCCGCUUCCUGUCGACGGCGAGCCUGUCACCAUGGUCGCGGUCGGCGUGAUCCUGCAGAGACGCAUCUCCUCCAGGAGGCGGCUGCGGAACCGCCGGUUCUAGCGCCUGACGGCCCGCUUCCUGUCGACGGCGAGCCUGUCACCAUGGUCGCUGUCGGCGUGAUCCUGCAGAGACGCAUCUCCUCCAGGAGGCGGCUGCGGAACCGCCGGUUCUAGCGCCUGACGGCCCGCUUCCUUUCGACGGCGAGCCUGUCACCAUGGUCGCGGUCGGCGUGAUCCUGCAGAGACGUAUCUCCUCCAGGAGGCGGCUGCGGAACCGCCGGUUCUAGCGCCUGACGGCCCGCUUCCUGUCGACGGCGAGCCUGUCACCAUGGUCGCUGUCGGCGUGAUCCUGCAGAGACGCAUCUCCUCCAGGAGGCGGCUGCGGAACCGCCGGUUCUAGCGCCUGACGGCCCGCUUCCUGUCGACGGCGAGCCUGUCACCAUGGUCGCUGUCGGCGUGAUCCUGCAGAGACGCAUCUCCUCCAGGAGGCGGCUGCGGAACCGCCGGUUCUAGCGCCUGACGGCCUGCUUCCUGUCGACGGCGAGCCUGUCACCAUGGUCGCUGUCGGCGUGAUCCUGCAGAGACGCAUCUCCUCCAGGAGGCGGCUGCGGAACCGCCGGUUCUAGCGCCUGACGGCCCGCUUCCUGUCGACGGCGAGCCUGUCGCCAUGGUCGCUGUCGGCGUGAUCCUGCAGAGACGCAUCUCCUCCAGGAGGCGGCUGCGGAACCGCCGGUUCUAGCGCCUGACAGCCCACUUCCUGGACAUUGUCUGGAGCCGCGUCGACGGCGAGCCUAUAUCACCGGCGUUUCGGACGAACUUGCAGUCGCCGUCAUCAGCGAACAGUUUCCUACCUGUGAUGGCGACUGCAACGAGCUACAAGCCAGAAUCCAAAGCAGCUUUUAGUUUGCUCUCAUGGCGACCACACGCGCGACAACGCGUGCUGCCAUUUCGAUCUUGUCGUGGAUUCCGCGUCGAUCGAGAAUGUGCGCGGAGUCUGUGUCACUUUACUCGUCUGAAAUACGACUGUUCACUUGCUCGUUAACAAACGUAAUCGUAAUGCUUCGCGAGUGACGUCUGAAAAAUGGGAAUUGCUUCUAUUGCUGUUGUGAGUUUGUUUAAAUUUGAGACAUGUUACGUGAGACGGACUUUAACCGACUGAGAAGCAGUCACAAGCGUAAAGUUCCUGUUCGGGAAGCAAUGACUUGGAAACUCUCUGUACCCGUGAAAUGACUGGGAGAGGAAGUCUUGUGCUAACAAAUGCUGUCAUUUAUUUACUACUGCCUGCUGUUUACAUUGUUUGCAUUUAAAUACGAAAAUUAUACACCUAUUUGUUAGACCACGCACAGAAGACAUUAUUUUAGGAAAUAUUACUUAAAAAAAAAAAUUAUUUUCUUUAUUAUGUCGAAUACAAAUUUUAUAAAAUUACAAAUUUUGGUACUUGUUUCAUAUUUAAAGUUUUAAUAUUUCAGCUGAAUAUAUUGAAUAAUUAGCCAACUUAUUAUGUAUUGAAUAUUUAUGUGUCACAAUAAACUGAACGUAUUUA